AUGAGUCCGGUACCUCCUAUCAAAGAUGUGCUACAUAUACUUGGAAAGCGGCGGGACGAGGUCACCAAGCCUACAGACUCGGCCGGUCUUGUGCUGGAAGCAUGGGCGGAGGGAUAUAUGGUAGGAUCGCUGAUAAUCAUGUCUUGCAUCACGCUGGCAAACAUGCGCAGAGGGGUCCUGCUUCAUAAGCUCAUUCUACUCGAGCUCGUCCUCGGUUACUGGCAAGGCUUCUUCAUCCUCUUCAAUCCACCGGUGUAUGCUUGGUGGUUAUCUGUGGCCGCGAUAUUUUUGAACGCCUCGUGGUCCCUGCACAACGUCAUUGCGUGGAUGAAACUCCGACCAUUCUUAAGCAAGACCGCUAGCCGACUUUUCAUCGGCUCCGUCAUUCUUGUCCAACCCUAUUGGGUCGUGGAGAUAUACGCAAACUUUACCUACUUCCACAACGUCAACGAUAUCUUCCUCAAGACCAGGCCAUGGGAAGCACUAUGUCGUGAUCCUUGGUGGAUACUCGCUGCUGUCGUCUUGAUUUACAACAUCAAGACUCGAUACGACCUGUCGGUGGUACAGAUUGUUCGCAUCUCUCCGAGAUUUGCUGUUAUGCUUGGUGCAAUGUUUCUUAGCAUCUGUUUUAUCGUGCUUGAUGUUCUUUCGGUCACUUCAGCGCUCAAAUCAGCCCUUCCUGUCGGCAUCAAUCCGUUUUGGAAAUUGUCGUUUGUUUUCAAGUGUUUGACCGAUUCGGUGGUGCUGGACGAUUUCAAAACCGCCUUGGAUAGAUUGCGGGCCUUCAAAAUGAGCCGACUGGGUAGCUUUGCCAUGGAUGGAGGUGAUCACAGAAACAAACAGCACAAGGAGGAAGUGCAAAAGGCAAACAGCUGGACAAAUCCACCGGCCAAAGGCGAUGUUGCCCAGCCAGUCGGCCAACUUCCCUCAAUGCCUAGUCCAGAUGAUGACUAUAUCAAAAAUCGAUGGGAAGAUAUCAAGCCGGGACGAAUCGAUCAUAUCGAAGAUGAGCAAUAUGGAGACAUAGCAAGGAAUGCCUCUCGAGAUCGCGAUGUCGAAGAGAAUCCCUUCACUGUGAUUGAUUAUGCCGAUCCCCAGAGAGAGGCAAGCGACACCCAGAGGCUGAAGAAGCAGACCAGCUGGUUGAACAAUCGGAAGUCGUCUGAAGAUUUAUCGGACGCCGAUCCAGAUGUCGAAUAUGCCCUGGCUGUUCGGGAGAUGACUCACGACUCCCUAGACGACCCGAACAAAAAGAACAAGACCAUUGGAAUUGCCAGGUAA